AUGCCUGUGCCCAAGAAAGCAGGAAGAAAAAACAGCAGUGCUGCUGAAGAAAAGCUGCCACAAUAUGAACCAAAUAUUCCUGAACCAACCACCAGGGCUGACUUUAUGAAAUAUUGGAUCCCCCUCUCUCUGGAUGAUAAGACUGCACAGAAACUGUUGUGGAUUUCAGAGGGCGGGUCCAAGGUGGCCCGUACGUCAGAUGCAGUGUGCCCAUACCCCAACAGGCCUGAGAGAUAUGAACACUCACCACAGGUGCUGUGUAAAGAGAGUCUUCUGGGCUAUCGAGGGUACUGGGAGGUGGACUACGAUGGCUGGGUAGUCAUAGGGGUGGUCUGUGAGAGUGCACCCCGGAAGGGCCAGGAUGGACCAUGCGGCAUCGGAGAGAACGCCAGCUCCUGGGGCGCCGGCUGGUCUGGUUCCUGCUACCAAGUCUGGACCAACAGCGAGAACACGGACAUCGAGCUCCCCCAUAGCUCCACCAUUGGCAUCUACGUUGACCAGCCCGCCGGCAUCAUCAAGUUCCUCUUGGUGGAGGGAGAGGGCGAGAAGGAGGUGCGGCUGAUUCACAAGUUCAAAGUCAGCAUCCAGGAGCAGGUUUUCCCCGGGUUCUGGGUUGGCACAAAUUCGUUCUGCCUUAUUCGGAAAAAGGAUCAGUGACAUAGCUGAGGGUUUAGCACGCGGGGGAGUCAAAUAAUAAAAAUUUAAGAUGG